AUGGAUGAUCUUGCAGUAGCUGCUGCUGCUGCUGGUAUAGUUUCUACCGCUCCUGGUCCACAGCAAAAGAAGCAAUUUGACCCUUCCAAGGUCGACAAUUUUGUGCCUAGGGUAGUUUGCCGUCAUUUUGUCAAAGGUUUUUGCCAGCAAGGAGAUAAAUGUAAUUUCAAGCAUCCGUUAGAUCAACAGCCCAAGAAACCAUUUGUUCCUAGAGUUGUUUGCCGUCAUUUUCUCAAGGGCGACUGUCGUGCGGGUGAUAAAUGCACUUUUAAACAUGAAUUAGAUGAAAGUGUUAAAAUUGAGAACAGCAAUAGCAAUAAAGAUAACAAAAAGAAAGAUACCAAACAGAUUGUAUGUCAAUUUGCCAAACAAGGUGCAUGUUGUAAAGGUGACGAAUGUGAAUUCUCACAUGAUUUCAAGAUGGAACCAUGCAAAUUCUUUCAUAUGGAAGGGAAAUGUAAUAAUGGUGAUGCUUGCCUCUUCUCACAUGAUCCUUUAACUGAAGAAAUGCUUGAUAAGCUUCGUGCUUUAACGGGUCCAUGCCGGUAUUGGUUAUUUAAGGGCUAUUGCAAGCAAUAUGAUACCUGUAAAUUUAGCCAUGAUCUUGAAGUGUCAGAAGAAAAGAAGGCUGAAGUAGGCAAAACUAUACGAAAAUGUCAGUUUUUCUUCUCUCCCAGCGGCUGUAAAAAAGGUGAUACAUGCUUUUAUUCUCAUAUCAAGGAUUAA